AUGACGGCCAACAGGUUCUCCAACAUGACCAUCAGCAAGGCCAUCGCCGGCAAGAAGAAGCUGCACAUCGUCGAUGACGGCGUGCUCUACGGCUGCCAGUGGCCGAAUCUGCUGGACUACCUGGCAAAGCGGAAGAAAGGCGGGCCGCCGGAGGUGAGGAUGACCUGCAUUGACCUCCCCGAGCCCGGGUUCCGCCCAACCGCGCGAGUUGACGAGACGGGGCGUCGGCUGAGCAAGUUCGCCCGCCAGUGUGGUCUGCCGUUCAAGUUCCACGGCAUUGCAGCGAAGUGGGAGACCGUCCGUACCGAUGACCUCGACAUUGACGCCGACGAGGUGCUCGUCGUCAAUAGCAUCACCAAAUUUGAGAACCUGAUGGAUGAGGCAGGCAUUGACGACGACAUACAUAGCCCGAGCCCGAGGGACGUGGUGCUCAGGAACAUCCGAAAGAUGAUGCGACCGGCGGCGGACGUGUUCAUCCACUCCAUCGUCAGUGGCUCAUAUGCCACGCCGUUCUUUGUGGCACGGUUCCGAGAGGCGCUGUUCUACUACUCGGCGAUGUUUGACAUGAUGGAUGCCACGGUGCCACGGGACAGUGACCUGCGCUUGGCGGUGGAGCGUCACCUCAUCGGCCGGUGCGCCCUGAAUGUUGUCGCCUGUGAAGGACACGACAGGGUGGAGCGCCCCGAGACGUAUCGGCAGUGGCAGGCGUGGAACCGCAAGGCAGGACUGAGGCAGCUACCGUUUUUUUCCAAAUGCUGUGAAGAUCCUGAGCGAGAAGAUGAGGAACGAGUAUCACAGGGACUGUCAUUGACGUCGAAAACAGUUGGCUUCUUCAAGGGUGGAAGGGUCGCAUACUUGCCAUGUCCACAUGGGUUGCUGCAGAUGACACCAUCUCAUCAGAAUUGUAGCUGA